AUGGGUUCAUCCGGUGACGAGUCUAUGCCCGGUGCUCUGACCACCGACGCGGCUAUUGCGACCUACGUCGCAGAGAAGAUGGCCCAACCCGAACGCCGUGGGCGUCCACCAACCCACGGGAAGUUUAUCGGUCUGGGCAAAGUUAGGGUGCAGCUCCAAAAAAUGAGAGCAGAGGAGAAAGACCGCGCCUUGGACAAAGUGCGGCAAAAAGCGUACGCGGCGGCGACAAAGCGCCGCACCGAUUCGGAGGCCUCGGGGCGCUCAUCCGACGCCGAAUCGGUUAAGAGACUUCGGCGUUCGUGCUUAACGGUGGGGGGCACGGACGUCGAAGUCGAAUGCGAGACAAGGGCCACGAUAGACCUUGUAGACCUGCUCUACAAGGCUAUCAACGUCUGCGACGAGGUGGCUGGGCGAGCCAAAAACUUGAAGGGCACGGACCUAAAGGCCCUUCGAAUGGCGGGUCGCGACGGUCGUCGGGUGGCAGACACCCUCUACGUCCGUUUGCGUGAUGAACCUGGGGCACGAACGGCUCCCGUUUUGCCCCAGGUUUACCAACAAAACGAAGACCUCCGCAGGGAGGUGAAGCAACUGCAGGACGAGGUGGUGGCUUUGACGGCAAAGGUUCGCAUGCCGCCACCACCUCCUCCCCCCCCGGCACAGGAGCGUCUGGCCGAGGAUGCGCUACUUGAGCGCAUCUCGGCGCUUAUAGACGCCAAGCUCGCGGCCCUGAACUUACCCGCUCAGGGUGCAGGACGCGCGAGCUUGACUAGCCGAGGUGGGGGCCGCGACCGAAGAUCAUCGCGGGAAGGAGCACGGAGUGUGCCAAAGGCUAGGGCCAAAGCCAAGGCCGCCACCAAGGCUAAGCCGAAGGCUCAACCUCCGGUCCCACUCCAACCGGCGAAGAAGGCUCUAGGACCCUCGUCCUCCACUACUGGAGGUGAGGAACCCUGGAGCACAGUUGUGGGCCGCAAAGCACGACGGGCGGCCGGGUCCGCGGUUUCUGCCGCUCCCGGUCGUCCAACUAAGGGAGGAGCCUCUGCCCCUGUAGCUGGCGCGACAGCGCAGCCCUCUAGUGCAUGA